UGACUGCUUGACGGAGGAAAGUAUGAGCGAAGGUUUGUCCGUCGACACCCUUUUAGCGGUGAAAAUGUUGCAGUGUUUUUCUAAGUUUAGGACAAAGUUGCUAUGAUAACCCACAUCUGAAGCUAUGGAUGGAUUUGUUAUCUUUCUAAUAAUUUGUACUCUGUUAUUCUGCAGUGUGUCAUGGCUCUUGCCAAAAGUUCUGGCAUGGUUGCUAAAGAGGAAAUUCAGUAUAGACGUGAGAAUUGGACGUAUUGGCAUUCCUUACCUUACCCUCAAAGAUGUGUUUCUGUCACGUCAUGGUGUUUCUGUGCACAUCGAUGAAGUUGGUUUCCGCAGCAGUUUCUUCAGCAGUGAAGUUACCAAACUCAUUUCUGUAGUAAUAAAAGAUGUACGCAUAAAUAAAGAUGUGUUUGGCAGUGACGUUAAAGGUGAUAAAGUAAAUAAAGCUCAUCUUUCUAAAGGGGAGAGUGAAAGCCCCAACUUCUGCAAUAAGAAGAUUCCUCCGGUGAUAAUUACAUUUGCACAGUUCAUGGCUGUCCAUAUAUACAAUGUAAACACAAUACUUCUGCGUGCUGAGUCUCCCGAAUGGUUGAUUCAUGCAACUGCUGGAGAGGUUCAUCUGGAUGGAAGCAUUGUGCAUAAUGCUCGCAGCCUGAUAGCUAAUGUAUCAAUCACAUCAGCAACUGCCAAAAUAUUAAGACAUGCAGUACAAAAAGAUGAAACAUGUCAGGCAUGCCUUGGAGAAGUUUCCUUUGGAAUAACAAUGGAGGCAACAUUCGUAGCCCAAGGAGCAUUUUCUGUUGAGAGGCUUUUCAUUGGAAUGGACAACACAAAAGCAGUAAUAAAUGAAGGUUUCUAUAGCUUUGCUCAAGAGCGGCAGGUCAAUUCUGAAUUUAAAGCAAGUGACAAAGAAAUCAAACCCAAAAAGAAUCAAGAGGAUUUGCAUGAAGUUGUUCGCAGACUGUCACCUAUCUUACCAAAGGAUUUCCAUCUUAAGAUUGAGGAUUCUCUUCUAACUGGAAUGAGAGAUGACAGAGCAGAUUUCAUCUCAGCGCUUCAAUCUUUUCAGCUACAUUCAAAAUUAUUUGUGAAAACGCCUUCACCUCGAGCUGCAGAUGUUUCUAUACUGGACCAACCAGCCGUUUUGCCAGACCUCAGCAUUUGCUUACAAGUGGAUGAAUUUAGUGUGAAAUGUGUCAGAGAAACAGUUCUUAUGAUGCGCAAAUUUGAAGUUAAAGGCAAUAUUGAAGAGAGUAUUUUUAAUGUGCAUAUGCUUCUGAAUACAUUGCAUGCUGUGUAUAAUCAUAGAGACCUUCAUCGCUGGGUUGACCAUAAUUUUUUGGAUACAGCCAAUACAAAGGCUAUGUGUGUAUCCAGUGGAAAGGAGGACAUUUUGGUUUCAUCCAAAGAUGAUAACUUGUGGCUGAGAAAUAUUCUCAAGUACUAUCAACUGAAAUGCUGUGCUGAAUUUUGGAAUGCUUCUGCUCUACUGCGUGUUCCUGACCGGCAACACUGUGCAUUGACUGGUUUCAGCCAUUGCAAGGUCAGCUUAAACCAGCAGUCGGAAUUCAAAGAUCUACAGUAUGGCAGCAGAGCGAAAGAACUGCUAGAACAGUGCCGAUGGAACAGUGAAAUACUUAUGGAGUCACUGUGGUGUUGUCUUGGUGAUUCAGUGGUUGAAGUGGAUCCACAUAUUCUAAAGAAGUGCCAUACUUGGGGAACUCCACUGUUCUUAGGUGUUUUUCUGAUGAACGUCCAGAAUCAAGAUUCAGUUCAAAUGAAAGUGAAUGCGAUGCUAGAUAUCUUACGUGUGGAAUGGAGUCCACCACUUGCACAGCUUCUUAUCCAAGCUCUCAGGUGCAUACAGGAAUACAGACCUGCUCGAAAAGGCUCAAAUGUGCAAAAUAACCAAAAGGUAAUACACAGUUUUUCUGGGAAUAAGAAUCAGACCAGUAUUCAGAAGUUCAUCAGUUCUUCUGUUGUCAACAUUUCACUGUCCCAUGUCAAUGGAUUUUUCUUCGCAGAUAAAAAUGUUUGCAUAAUGGUCAGAUUGGAUUCAAUGCAGACAGACAGUACCAGUUCAAAGCUUUGUGUGAUCCUUGAAGGAGCAAAAGUGGCCUCAAUUCUACCCACAAAGAGUCAGUAUAUUUGCCUCAAGUCUGAAGAAAUAAAGUCUUUUGCAAGUUAUGCAAAACUAGCUCGUAUUGGAUGCAAAUAUAGUACGCAUGAUAUAAGUAUACAUCUUCUAGAAGAAUUCCAUUCAACAUGGAGUACAAACCUGCACCUUAAACUUCUUACAUUGGUAGGAGAAAUACACUCAUUCUGUUCAAAUAUUACAGCUCAAACCACCAGAACAGCAGAGCAACACAAUUUGCAUAAGGAUCACUUCCAAGGUGGUAGAGGAAUGACCAUAAGAGUGAAGGGCCAGUUCCAUUUCGGGAUCCACCUUUCACAGAACCACCAUGUUGUUUUAACAUCAGAAGAAAUCAUUGCAAGUCUUAAAGACAAGAACUACAGCUUCCAGACCGGAUCAUUGGGGAUCUCUGUGAAUGGAAAUAACAUAUUCUUAAUUGAAGGCUUGAAUAUUUCAAAUAUCAAAGAAAAUAAAGAAAUUAUGUUAGAAAGAAAAAACACAGAGGGUUUUGUCUUACCGUGGAAUAGAACUUGGUGUGUCACAAUAGUAUCAUUUAAAGCAAUUUUCCCGUAUGAUCAUUCUUUUGCUGAGACAGUACAGAAUGAAUUUAUUAGUCACUUCAAGUGGUUGAAGCUAGUGCAUAAAAAGCAGAAAAAACCAUUUACCGUCGAUAGUCCAUUACCUCCUGAUUUAAUCAUAAAGGUAAAUGAAUUCACAUUUGAGAUGGGUGAUGAUCCAUUUGAAGUACGGCUUAGAGAUAAUUAUGAAUUAUUAGAAGAUGAGUACAAAGAAAGUCUCAGGCGCCAAAAGAUGCUUGAUGCAAAAGUGGAAGAACUGUACAAAAGCCUGUUACUGUUGCCAGCUGGUAAAAUAGAAGAGUUGUAUGCCAGUCUAAACAAGAGGAAUGCCGAGAUAUACGUACAACGCUCAAAGCAGAUGGCACGAGCUGGGCCACCACGUACCAGAUUAUUUGCAUGGAUUAUGAAUAAUGUUGAGAUUCUGGCGCUAGCAGAUCCGUCCAUCCAUGGAACUGAGAAUGUGGUUAGGGUUAUGAAGGAAAUUGACCAUGACAGUCCGUGGCCAGAAGAGGGAAUUGAAUUUACAACUCUGUGGUGUCGAUCAAUUUGUGCCAGCUGUAAAGAAUGGAAGUUCCAGUUGCGUGACUUUCCACAGCCGUGGUUGGAUAUCAGAGACUUCCACAUUUGGGGACAACUGGUUGGGGCAGAACAGGAAGCUACAAGACGAGCAAAACGUGAUGUUGUCAUACGGCUUGGUGAUCCUUGGGGAGAGACAACUGUACAGAGGAGCAUGACAUCUCUCAAGUUCUACCAUGACUUCAACUGUGAAGUGGAACAUUUCAGUUACGCAUUUGGACCAUGCUGGGAACCUGUUAUAGCUCAGUGUAACUUAAGUCUUGAGAAAAUAUUUCCUCCUUCUCGAGAUCCAAGUCCACCAUUGCCAUUCUGGGAUAAGAUGAGACUUUUGUUUCAUGGUCGUCUUACAAUGUGCAUACGACAACUGACAGUGUUGUUACAUGCAUCAUUAGAUCCAUAUAACACAACUGAAGAAAUGGAGCUGACCUGGAGUGAUGUGGCUAUUGACUGGACAAAUGCUAAAGUUGUCUUCAAAGGUGAGCUCAAUGUGUACGUAAGAACAGCUUCCAAAUAUGAUGACUGCAGAUUACUUCAUCUACCCAAUCUGAAACUCAGUGCUAAACUAAACUGGGUUUGUUUGUCUGACCCAAAUGAUCACCACUCAGUCAUGCCCUGUGCUCCAGACAAGUUACCAGAAUAUUCCAGCAACCAGGAACACGAUUCAUUCAGAGCUUUCCGAUCACAAAAUUUAAACAUAAGCAUUGCCCUGGAAACUAAACCAGUUGUGAACAGGAGUUCUGAGAUCGACUGUCCUAUAGUUGUACUGUAUGGAAGCACCCUAAGGUGGUUUGAAAAUCUGAAGUUAAUUCUAUCAGGAGUUACAAGACCUACAAGACGAGGAGCAGUGUUUAAGAACUUGAGGCCGAGAAAAAUUCCUUUGAGUCGUCAUUAUCGAAAAGUCCAUCUUCUUCUUGGACUUCAUAAGUUCCAGGUCUCAUACUGGAUGUCAUUUGCCAUGCAGAGAGGUUUCGAGCUAUUAGGAGGCCGCAUAGCUUCAAGUUCAGAACACAUACUAAACCUUGUACCAAUAGAUGAUGGAUUGAAACAUCGGCCAAGAGCAGAAUGGUCCAUUAUGUACAUGAAUUGUGAGGUUAAUGAUGCAGAAAUAUGGCUGAAAAGUGCACUGCAGUCAGAACCAGGGAAAGAGCAUGUUUCAUUGCAACAACCUGUUGAGAAAUGCUACUGCUUAAGUGUUGCCAAAGUCUCAUAUGGUCGUGAAACAAUAGUGUCCAGUAGGGGUGACAUGCACAAUACAAGUGAACGUGCUCUGGGGAGCAGAGACACCCCCACACAUCGACUUGUUGUGUAUGAUCUGAAAGGCGCUUGGACAAAGAGCAACAGAGAUGUUGCUUUUGCAUUAUUUGAUACAUUCAUGAAAACCCAGCAAUUGAAGAAGAAUAUUUCAACAGAAGCUCUCAAAGGUUUCCGUGGUGACAAUUCCUCUACACCUAUGAAGUCACGUCCAAGGAAUUCUGAAGGUCCUGUGACUCCCCCACCAAAUACCAGCAUACAGGCACCAGCAGCUGUGCAAGCUACUCCUUCGCCUAUGACAAAACUACAGUCUGGCCAUGCAGUGACUAUGCUGCAGCAGCUGAUAGCUGAAGCAGAUAACAAGGCAGUAGUUUUCAGUGAUGACCUAUCAGUGCAGACAAGGGAGCAACACCUUCAGGGCUUGGCUGCCUGUCAGGAAGAUGAUGCUCUACACAAAAAUUGGCUAAUUGUUCUCGUCAAUAGCCAAGUGCUUCUGAAAGGUUGUGAAACUAAGGGUUAUGUAAUCCUGAGUGCUGCAAAAGCAGAAAUAUUGCAAAGAAUUCAUCGUCCAGUUUGGAAAGACAGAACUCUUGUUCCUAAGACAACAUGGGUUGGUUCACUAGAGUGCAUGCAAUACUACGCAACAGUUAGUGCUGGAGAAAAUGACCUGUUGGAUGAAAAUAUAAUGUGGCUUACUGUGGACAAUAUUCAAGAAAAGGAUUCAACAGUGAUAUCUGAUGUACCUGACCUGCCACACCUAGUGGGCAGCGGGCAGUCUGUUGGUGGUGUUGUCAGUGAAACUGUUGGAGCCAGCAAUGUGGGAGAAAAUCCACCAAUACAGUUGCAACGCAUUGUGUCUCGCUGCAAAUGUGAAUUCUUCUAUGCAGCUUAUGGUGACAGCAGUAUUGAUCCAAGCACACUUGACGAAGUUCCGCCACCACCUAAUGAAGAUGGAGGCCCGUGGGAAAAGCGAGAACGUGCUAUAGAUGCAUUUACGUUAAUGCAUUAUGACCUUGAUGUUUGCACUAAUUCAUUGCAGUAUGCCAUGAUCCUGGACAUUGUAAACAAUUUACUGCUUUAUGUUGAGCCUCAAAGAAAAGAGGCAUAUGAACGCCUGCAGAGAAUGAGAUUUCAGUUGCAGCUGCACAGUGUUGAGGACCAGAGAAAGCCCAUACAACAGUUACAAAACCAAGUCAGAUCCUUAGUCUCAAAACUACGUCGACUGGAGAAAGAAACUUACAUUCUGCAGCGGAAUAUAGCAGAAAUGGAAGAUCCUGCCAAUAAUGAACUAUAUCAGCAGGAAAUGGAGGAGCUUGAGAGACAGGUUUAUGAAUGCAAAGAACAGCUAAAUUCACAAAGUGAGGAAUUACAUAUGAUGCUGUCAUGUUACAAAGAAACUCAGUUAUCAGCAAAUCAGAAACUGGCCAUAAUGCGAGGGGAUAAGCCUGUGAGAGUUGUGCGAGCAAAUGAAAUUUGCUUCAAACAUGCAAAAUGGAGGCUAACAGAAGCUGAUGGACAGCUGGGAAUAGCAGAUGUUGUUUUAAGCAAUUUUUUGUACACAAAAAAUUCCAAGAGUGAUAAUUCUGGUGAGCACCUGUUGGAACUUGGCUAUAUUCGGAUGACUAAUCUGCUACCAAAUCAAGUGUACAAGGAAGUAUUGUCACCCACUGAAAUACAGAGCAAUAUGCCAGUGGAUAGAAAGAGAGCCAUCAGAGUUUUUUGCCGUGAGAAAGCACCUGUUGGAGGUAUAUCAGUUAAAGAACACUUUGAGAUUAAUGUUGUUCCAAUAACAAUAGGUUUGACAAAAAAGUUUUUCAACACUAUGCUGAAAUUCUGCUUUCCGGAAAGAGACCCUGACACAAUUGAGAGGGAUGGCACUGAUGAAAUGGAAGCAGAAAACAAAGGAAAGAAGAUAAAAGGAAAGAAAAGCAAGGAAGCAAGUUUUUAUGUACCCAUUGAACAGAAAGAUGAUGUUGAAAAGAUGAAGGAGCGAGCUGAGAAAAAUAAAUUAUUUAUUUACAUAAAGAUACCAGAAGUGCCAGUAAGGGUGAGCUAUAAAGGCAAUAAGGAUAAAAAUUUGGAAGACAUUAGAGAUUUCAGCUUGGUCAUUCCAACUCUGGAAUAUCAUAAUGUGACUUGGACAUGGCUGGAUUUAUUGCUGGCUAUGAAAAGUGAUAGUAGGAGAGUUAUUCUUUCUCAGGCAAUCAAGCAAAAAUUGCAAAUUAAAAUGAACAGGGUGGCUACAGACGAAGGGGUGUCCCCACAAGAGGAAGACAAAGCAAGAAUACUGUUUGGAUCAAGAGUGAUGCCAGUUGAAAGCAAAUCUACCAAGAAAAGUGUUUUCAAGUUUCCUAAAUGAAGAUGGACUUGUUGUGGGUGCUUGAACAUGCGAAGAUUGAAAAAGAAAAGAGGUAAAGUUAUUUGAAUGAUCCAUCAGACUUCAUUCUUCUGGAGAUAUUGUGCACAAUGGUGAUGAAUGCAGCCACCAGCUACAAAAGUAUUAUCUGUAUUGGGUGGAGAAUGGACUGGUAUGCAAUAACAUUUCUUUUAUCUCGGCUCUGUGAACUGUUAUAAUAGGAGAAAGAUUCCAUGGGUUGCAAGUGACCCACAACUGUGCAAUACAAAUAACUUAAUUUGAACAGGUGCUGUUUCUAAAGAUUAUUUUCAAAGGCUGUUUUUAUUUUGAAUGGUUUAUUUGUGCCUUUUGUAUAUGCUGUAACUGUUUUAGGAUAACUAUAUUAACUUUACAAAAGUUACAUUGUUUUUAGAAACUUCGUUCUAAACUUUACAUAAAAACUGAAACAACUACUCUAGUCUAUUGUGAAAUAGUGAUGAGUAUUAAUAUGGCUGUGAAUGUAACUUUUAUUAAAAAAAAUUUCACAAUUGU